CAGGAAACACUCAACUUUAAUUAGUUUGAACAGCUUUAUUUGAAGUAGAUUGUAACUGGUCUUCAGCGCAAAAGUUUGCAUUCUAUGAUGUUAAAAAUGGAAGUCGGAUUAACACGAAUAUUGCUUUUUGUUGGAGCCUUGACAAUAACAGUCAUUGUUGCUUCUGCCGGUUCACCACCGAAAUUCAAAAAGUCACCUAUUCAUGAUGUUAUAGGACAUACAAAUGGAUCGCACAAAUUCCAGUGCAAAGUGAGAGGUGUCCCAAAACCAUUAAUAGUUUGGUACCGUGGAAACGAAAUGUUAUCAAGGCACAAAAAGAGGAUCACACUAGGGAAAUACUCCAUGCGAAUUAACAACUUACAGAAGUCUGACAGCGGGAAAUAUGCAUGUAAAGCUUCAAACCAAUAUGGUGUAAUCUGGGGAAACUUCAGUUUACAAGUUGUUGGAAAUGGAGAGCCUCCCAAGUUUAAGGAAAGGUUGAACCAAGUUAAAUUUUUGGCUAGAGCGGCAACAAGCUCGGUAGAUCUCGAUUGUGAUGUCUUUGCUCAUCCCGAAGCCAAGAUAAGCUGGUGGAAAAACGGAAAGAAAAUGAAAGCAUUGUCGGGAAAGUAUAUAUUUGACGGUUAUAAGCUGAAGGUAAAGUCACUGGCAUUGGAAGACAAUGGCAAUUACACUUGCACCGUAUGGAACGAGUACGGUUCUGUCAAUUGGACAACAAAAGUAGAAGUUCAACAAAGAAUUACAAUUGCACCAAUUAUGGAAGAUGUAAAGAACCAGACUGCAAUGAUUGGCGACAAUGUCACUUUCACAUGUCAGAUAGUGAUGAGCGAUUCCCAGCCUCUUUUACAAUGGCUUCGACACUAUAAGGAAAAUGAUUCAUUUGUAAACGAGGGAGGAGAACCAUAUGUUCAAAUUCUUCAAUCAAGCGGAUUUACAAGUACAAUUGAUGAGCCGCAUUUCCUUGUUCUACGUAAUGUGACGAAGGAAGAUCAGGGUUGGUACACAUGCCUGGUUGCCAACACAGUUGGUAUGAACUACAGGAGUGCAUGGCUUACUGUCAGAGAAGGAAGUGAAGUUAACAAUGGCGACUGUCACACCAAUGCAACAUGUGACCACGGUGAAGGGAUGAGCAAUUGCAAGUGCAAGCCUGGAUACACCGGUGACGGACACACGUGCACUAUCAAAGAAGGAUGUGAAGUAAACAAUGGCGACUGUCACACCAAUGCAACAUGUGACCAAGGUGAAGGGAUGAGCAAUUGCAAGUGCAAGCCUGGAUACACCGGUGACGGACACGCGUGCACUAUCAAAGAAGGAUGUGAAGUAAACAAUGGCGACUGUCACACCAAUGCAACAUGUGACCAAGGUGAAGGGAUGAGCAAUUGCAAGUGCAAGCCUGGAUACACCGGUGACGGACACACGUGCACUAAUAUAGACGAGUGCUCAGGAGCAUUCUAUCCAUGCCUGCGAGACUACACAUGUGAAGACAGAGACCCAGGCUAUUUCUGUGCACCAAUUAUGCCCUAAUAUGUAUGACCUGAAGACUAUGUAAGCCGCCUAUAUUGACAGUACCCUGUCGUGAGAGACAAGAGGAUUAUAUGUUAUUAACUGUAUGCACGAUUUUUGUAAAGGGGAAAUAAUACCCAACUAUGUGAUCUUGCGUUUAGUGCAUCCAUGCCUUUAGCGAUACGCUAAACUUUUCUCUCAACUAUUCGUAACGUAUAUAUAAUUCUUAAAAGCAGCCAACAAUUGAAAGAGAUACGGAUUUUAAGAAGAUGAGAGACCACGAUUUUAAAACUGCUUCAAUUAAAUGACUUGAGAUUAUAAGGUAGACGGAUUGAACAUCAAAACAUCUUUUUCUUUAUCAAAAACGACUCGUGACUUUCGGCAAUAUAAAUAGUUUGUUUCACUUGGUCUGUACAAUUAUUCUUGUAGUGUGUCCAAUAUUGAAUAAUUGAAUAAUAACACAUAAUAUUAGCUGAAAAUGUUGUUGAACGACUUCCGUUUCACAUACAGGGAUUAAAUGUAUCUUUCAGUUAAGUAUUUCGUAUUUUUAAUUACUUACAAACAUUCAUCAAACAUGAUAUUAGUUGAGUAUAUUGUAAUUCUGAAAUUUCUCGCGGUAUAAGGGGUUAAUGAUGGUCACAGAUUACAUGAAUGGUGACGGUUGUAAAUACUGUAAAGAUAGAAUGCACUCUCAUUCCAAUGGUUCAACAGGCUGUAAUGAAAUGUUUCAGAUUUAUAUUGACGUUAUUUCCGAAAACAAAAACCCAGUUAUUUUUCAAUUUCUCCAUUAUUCAUGAAUCCGCUGCUGUAUAUCUACAAAUAGGACCUCUAACGUGGUCUUUUCAGUAGUUUUGUUUUUACGUAAACCUUAAACACAACAACACACAUUAGUUUAAAAAUUAUCUCGCUAAUGAUAUAGAGGAUAUUUGUUUGAUUCAAUGUAAGAAGGAAAUAUUUUUCUGCGAGUGAACACCAUUAUGCAAUAUUUUCACUUGUGGCACAGCCACGAAUAAAAAUGCAAAUUUUUGUUUUCACGAGUGAAAUAUACAUGUAUUUGGAUCUUACACGUAAAUUCAAACACAUUUUUUUUUAUCUAAUGAAUUUCAAUAGUUUUAACCAAAUAAUAGCCUAGCCAUUUUACUCGUGCAACUUAUCUUGUAUUGCAUUUAUGUCGUCACAACGCCUUGAUGUCACGAUAUCUAUGUUGAAAAAUUGUCAGAAUUUGUAGUUGUAGAAAGUUUCAAGACUUCUUUAACAUUACACCACGAUGGAGCGUAUAUCUUUAUGUUCGUAUAGGUAUUUUUAUAAAUCUUUAUCUUACUGAAGUCAGUUUCGCAAACAAAUGUCCUGUUAUUUAUAAUUCAUAUUCUUGUGCAUUCGGGUGUAGUUCCGUACUAGUGAAAAAUACAAAUUAUAUCAUCACUGCUUUGAAACCAUGAAACUUUCAUUUUGAUUUCACUGAUACACUCCAGUUUUUCACUGAAAAACAUAAAAUAAAUAUUUUGUCAAGUUUAUUCCGACUUCGUAUAAAUGCAAAACAUUAAAAACUGACAUCGAG